AUGAGUUUCUUCCAUCUCUUUCUUCCUGGGAAAUCCGGCGGGAGAGAACCGGCACGGGCACCUAUUCCGGUGGACCAGGCUGAAGCAGCGUUGGAGAAUUUGUGCCAGCCCCCUUUCACUUCUGAGAAGUUCCAGAGGAUCGAAGGUCUUCUCGUCCAACUCGACAUCUUCCGAGACACCAGCUUUCCAGACCCCAGGAACUGGCAGUGCAGGCCGCGGACAUACACAGUGCUACGAAGCAUCGCUGGCGGGAACCACUGGGAGUAUUUGGAUCGAUUUGUGGAUGGCAACUACUUUGAUAUCCACCUCCCGUUCGAUAACCGUACCCUGCCGGGAUUCCUCAACAGUGACAGGCUGAGAGACGAUUUCCUUAGCUUCCAGCAUCAUGUUCUGAGCCCAGAAGCACGUUCGCUCGAGAUUGAAGGAGGAGAGCACCAACUUAUUCCGGGAAGCGCUGAUGCACAUUUUUGGCCACUCAAAGUGCUCGGACAAGGCGGAUUUGGCCAGGUUGAUGAGGUGAAAAGCAAGCUCAGCUUCAACACCUUCGCACGAAAACGAGUUCCGCGGCGGAGAGAUUCGGCGAUAAACCUCAGACGACAGAAUGAUUUCAUCAAGGAGGUACAAAUCCUCAAGAAGCUCUCCCAUCGCCAUUUGGUGAACUAUGUUGGGUCAUAUACGGAUAACAGCUUCAUCGCCUACCUAAUGCAGCCUGUCGCGAAGUGGGAUCUUCUUGAAUUCCUCACUUUCCUCGGCGACCCUCGCAAUGAUCAGAAAAGAAGGCAGGUCCAGCCCUUCUUUGGCUGCCUUGCGAGCGCCAUUGAUUACCUUCAUGACCGAAGCAUCAAGCACACGGACAUCACUACACGUAAUGUUCUGGUUACUUCGCAGGGUGAAGUCUGCCUCAGUGACUUUGGCACCGCAACCGAUUUUUCUCAGACAGGCAGAAGCACGACGAACGACCUGAAACCUUUCACCAAGGACUACAUUGCUCCAGAGAUUUUUCGAUGGAACAGGAGGAACACAGCAAGUGACAUGUGGUCGUUGGGCGUCGUAUUCCUUGAAAUCACCACAGUCUUGCUUGGGAACGACCUCUCAAGUCUUCGGAUGUUCAUGGAAAAACACGCUAAGAACAAAGAACACCCGCAGGCAAUUUGGGCAAAUCUACCAACAGCCUUGGACUGGCUGGCAAAGAUAAUGUCCACCCGCGUUGAUUCCGCCAACGAGGCCAUCACAUGGGUAAAGAGCCUUCUACAGGACGACCCAAAGAAUAGACUGACUGUGAAAAACUUGAUGGUGGAGAUCCAGCAGACGCCGUCGUUCCGGCAAUUCUGCUGUCUACACUGCUGGCCCGAGUUUGAAGCUAGAGCGUUUGAUUUUGAAACGCCCUUGAAUCCUGAAGGGUUCAACGAGACGAUGAAGCAUGCUACUGCUGCCGAAGUAUCAGCACGGGCCGCCGCUCUUUUUGAGCCUGAGCUUCCUCCAGUUCCGAUAGAUGCCAGAUGCUCACAAUCAAUCGAGAACUGGAUUAACAACUCGACCAGUGCCACAGUUGAUGCGCACGACAUUCCCUUGUCUACGUGGGAAGGCGUAUACAGAACGGCGCACCGGCGACCCUCUCUGGAAUCACUCCCCGAAAGUAUGGAUGAGUCCGAAGCUUCAUUCGCCACCGCUCCGCCAAUGAACACCGGCUGCAAAUAUACGAAAGAGCCAACGCCGAAUCCAAUGCCUGAACAUUCCCCAAACGAAGACCUUGGAGUUGAUUCUGGGCUUGGAUAUCUCAUUGAAGAUGAUCGAAGUUCAGACGAAGAGGACACUACCACGAAGGAGAAAAUAAACGUUGCUCAAGGAUUCAUCGUCGAAGAAGACUCUUCAAGCUCGGAGGGAAGCUGUUGCGAAGUGAACCUAACAUUGGAACCCUCACGUAGCUCCUCUUCACUUGAGAUGAUUCAAUUGCGGCCACUCGUGCAAACCCCCGGUACAGACCCUGCCGGUCCUCAUCUCUCGAGGUUCAGCAAGCAUGAACCUUGGGAUUUGCAGAUGGAUGACUCCGAUGACUAUGAAGAGGAGGAACAUUCGGAUGGAUGGGUAAUCGGUGCUUUUGAAAGCAGCAAUCGCAAGGGCCUGGACAUGGACACUGGCAAGCAGUUCGUGCUUUAUCGACCAGACAUUGAUCAGGAAGGGCCAAAGCAAGAAGCCAUUCCGGACGCCCCACACGACCAUUCUGCAGAAUCACCCACGGAACCAGGCCAUGGAUGUCAGAGUAUCGCCGAUGCUUCGAAACCCCGAGGACCUUGGACAUCUGACGAGCGUGGAAGUGAGAAGUUCGCGGACAGAACCUUACCAUCUCCACCUCCACUACCGCCUUCCACAAUAAAGUAUCGAAGGAGUUCUCCGUCUAUCACCAGCAGAAUUUCGGAUGCGAUCUUCUCAGGAGAUGAGUCAGGUGGCUCAGAGACGUUGGUGACAAUCCCAAGUCAUGAGCAGGAACCAAAGAAAUCUCGUGGUAUCAGAAAAGAGGUCAGAUGGGUUGAUUCAUUAGUUCAAGAGAUCCCAAGAGCUUUUGAAGAAGAUGAUGAAGCCCCAGCCGACCAAAAGAAGAAUUAUCAUGGUACAAACAAGCAAGCUACGGUAGAGAACGUCGAGGAUGUUACCGAGAUCGAGUUGAAACAACACCAACGGGAGCAGACCCCGAGCGAUACGAAAAAAGGGGGUGAUCCAAGGGCACUUGACAAUCCUCCAUCGUUGCUCCCGAGUUCGCCCAAGUCAACCAAAACGAACAGCAAACCACCCAGAAAGGGAAAGAAACAUGCCUCACAGCCUUCGAAGACUAAAGACACAUCGAAAGAAGCCACACAGCAACCAGAACGAACGAAGAGAGUCCCCAAGCCGGCCGAAUCACCGACACUCUUCAUGGAAGAGGCGCGAAAAGCCGGCCAGCAAGCCAAGAGUAUUGCAACCAGCCAAAUGACUUCGCGCACCAAGCAAGCUCUGGCGGGUUACAACAUCAACCGGUGGGUAGACCACACCAACAGGCUGCUCGAACGUUACUGCUCCCGCGGCUCCGCCGGCGCCGUCCGCGUGCUCCUCCAACAAAAGUGCAACCCAGGCACGAAGGCGAAACCGCGGUGCGGGCCGCUCCUCAACGCCAUCCGCGGUGCUAGUGCCCGGCACAGCAAGGUGGUGCGGCUCCUGCUCGAGUACAACGUGGAUGUGCACGUCACUGCGCGGGGCGACUACAACAAGACGCCACUGCAUCUGGCCAUCGAGAACAAGCCCAAAGACGGCUACGUCAACAUGGUGCACGACAUGGUGUUUGCGGGCGUCAACCCCAACAUCAAAGACCGCAACGGCGAGUGCGCGCUCGAGAAGAUUUUCAAGGCCGGCGGCGGAGGCGCUGGAGGCUCUGCCGCGCAACCAUCGCCGUCGACCGGCCGUGGGCUCGAGAAAUACCGGCUCGACGCGCUGGCGCUGCUGCUGCUGUCCGAAUACAACGACGGCGCCGGGACUAGAGUCAACAUCCGCAUCCCGGCGACGCGCGACACGCCGCUGCACCUGGCGGUGCGGCGGCGCAGCCCCAUGGCGGCGGCGAUGCUGCUGCACAAGGGCGCCGACGUCAACGCCGCCAACGCGUCGGGCAUGACGCCGCUGCUGUCGGCGGCGCUGAUGUGGAGGUCGGGCGGCGCGUCGCGCGCGGGCUCGGCGUCGGGGCUGGCGGCCGACGACGAGCAGAUGCUGGAUUUGCUGACGAGUCAGCCGGGCAUCAAGCUCGAUGAGUGGGCCGGGACGCAGAGGCGCACGGCGCUGCAUCUGGCUGUCGUGGCGGGCGUGUCGCUGGCGGUGGAGAUUUUGUUGGAGAAGGGCGCGGAUCCGAGGAGGCGGGAUGCGGAUGGGAGGGAUGCGAUGGCGUUGGUGGCGGAGGGGAGGGAGAAGGAGACGGGCGAUGAUGAAGUCAUACGGGGGCUGCUUGAUGAUGCGCUUAGAGAGUAG